ACUAACAAUAAACGGAACUUCUUACCUCGAUGUCUAUUUAUAACUUUUUGCCCGAGACGAUGGAAAAUUAAGUAAAUUAUUUUAAACAAAUCCAUGACUUGCUAAAAUUCCGAGUGCAAAUGAUCGGCUAAUUGCUAAUUAAACGAAGCAAAGUUAACGAAACGAUGAUUAAGGAUGAUUCGCUGAAUACGCUUAUGAUGAUAAACCAGCCAGCUUAAACAGUAAUUUAGCACUUGACGAAUUAAUUACCAACACACCUCUUCAAUAGAAGUGACAUAUGACACGUGUAAAUUAAGCAACACGUUUUUAACUGCAUAUAAAGAGAAUGAACUAGUUUGCACAUCACUAUUUACUAGUAUCACUAGCCAUCCGCUAGUAUCUACUAAGAGAUUACCAAGGUACCAGGAUGGCAGAAAUGUGGAAGAUAUCAAUGUUGGUGUUGGUGUACAUGGCGAUAGAUUCGCGAGUGGAGACGUCACAGGAUGUCAUGAAGACCAUGUCGAUGAAUUUCGCUAAAGCUUUGGAUGCUUGUAAAAAGGAGAUGGAACUCCCUGAUUCCAUCGACGUGGAUUUCAAUAACUUCUGGAAAGAAGACUAUGAAAUCAGCAAUCGCUUCACCGGCUGCGCCAUCAUGUGUCUGUCUACCAAGCUGGACUUGGUCUCUCCCGACGGCUCGCUCCACCACGGCAACGCUCAGGAAUUUGCCAAGAAACACGGCGCUGAUGACGCGAUGGCGAAGCAGCUGGUGGACUUGUUGCACGGCUGCGAGAAAUCGGCGCCGGAUAAUGAGGAUGGGUGUAUGAAGGUGCUCGGCAUCGCCAAGUGCUUCAAGACCGAGAUACACAAGCUCAACUGGGCCCCCACGGUCGAGGUGGUGGUUGGAGAGAUCCUAUCAGAGGUUUAGGAUGCCAUGCAUCUGAAGUUUUUUUUCAUCUAAAUUCCUUUAUCAGCCGAGCAAGCAAGCAAUGCAAUGCAAUACUAAGUGAUCACUCUCAAUUUGAUUUCAUUUAGCACUUUUCUAUUCAUAUUUUUCUCAUUAAGUACGUCUUAUAUGUAUUAAGUAUGUAUCUAAUUGUUUGUUAUUCAUUUUAUUUUCAACGCACGCAUCCUGUUAUAAGAAUAUUUAUUUCUAUUUCGUUUAUUUCAUUUUAUACAGUACCUCUUUUCUUCUUUUCAAAAAUAAGAUUUUAUUCAGUUUUGUUUUUUCUAUUAAAAUAUUAAUACUAGAAUAAAUAUGAUACAAAAAUGCAGUAGCAAUUAAACUAUUUCUGAACUCGGUUCACAGGGCAUUUACCAAACUUGAUUUUGUAUUUUUUUAAAAGUAAUAUCUAUAAAGUGAUAUAUUUCGCCUUUCUUCGCACGUUACAUAUACGAAGAAUUUUAUGCAGAAAAAGGUUACCAAAUUACUAAACAGAUCUGGGGAAUGGCUGAUUUAAUAAAUAUAUUUAUUAACCGUGACUUUUGUCGUGAACCAUACAUAAUCAUGUAAGGUCACGAAUUAUCUGAAUUCUGAAUCACAUUCCAAAACUGAAGUGUGUCAUAGUUAUAUGAAAUACCUAUGGGGCAAAAUACCCACAAAUGGGCAACGUGCCCAUAGCUGUCUAAAUAUAGGGUAAAAA